UCAUGUUUUGGGAUUCGGAAUCUGGCUGGUUAAAAAUCUUUUUCAAAGGCGCAAAAGCAUGGAGUUUCAAGAUAUCAAACUGUUCAUGGAUGGAUGACACAUAUGGGAUCUUUUUUCAUCUUCAUCACGAUCACCAUGUCUCUCGGUUUUGUCCUUUCAAUUAUGACAAUAACAUUUUCCACCACAUACAUCACCCUCCUCAAAUUCGUUGAAUUCUGGAAGGCCACCGUCCGGAUAGAGUGACCAGCCACUAACCCCGAUCCAGCUAGUCGUACCCAUCUUUUCUCAUGCCACGCUUUUGUCCCCUUCUCUCUGUCUCUCCUCGCGAGCGAGAACGUGUCGAACACGUCGGAUUUAUUGCUAUAUUUACAUUUUAUUUCCUUCUUGUCAAUAAACCAUCCAACAAUGACAGCAAACAUCAUAAUCAUCACUCUAUCCAUUCGUACGAUGUUCGAUUUCCGAUCAUCCAUCAUCACUCUACCAACAGCAUCCAGUGCAAAUCCACGCAUCUACACACCCAUGUAUCAAUCAAUCUAGAUCUGCCCUACCACCCACUACCCUCCUCCCACGCACAAGCCCACCCCAAUUGCACUACAUCGGAGAAAAUCUCCAGAGAACUGCCCUACCAUACAGACUCCCUCCAUACAUGGCCUCCAUCCCUUAUCUCAAUCCUUGGCAACAUGCUCCCAAAAAUCCCUUAUCAAAACGAUCGUCCGUGCGCCGCGCAAAAAGUCUCCACAUCGCUCCCGCACUUCCCACGCCAGCCUGUAUAAUCCACCCUGCAGACGUCUUUCUCCCCGGAGCAUUUAGCGAGCGGUUGAGUGUAGAGCGGAUUAUGUCGCGUGAAUUGUCAGCUAAUCGCAUCGCAUCGCGUGCGUUGAGAGACAGAGGCAGGGAGGAUAGACGUCAGUGGUGGCAUCUCCGGCGGUGUUCCGCGGGGCAGUUCGUCGUCCCGUCUACCCUGA